AUAACCGUACAACUCUGUUGGCAGGUCUUCUGCAUUCUCGUUCGCAUUGAGUCCCUUCUUCAGUCUCUUUCGCGAACCUAUCGAUAUUGCGAUCAUUUUUUGUGCGACCUUCAGAGAGUUGUCGGAAGAGUUGCUGGUGUUCAAACGUAAGAACAGGAAAGUGAGGAGUGUCGUGUUUCUCGGCAAGAAUACCGACAGGAUGGCCUUCGUGAGGAUAGCUUCCAUUCUGCUUCUGGGCCUUUGUGGGACUGUCUUGGUGUCCUGCGAGGACCAGAACGUCACGGAGGUCAACAGUGGACUUAAUGAGCCAGAUUUCCCCACUCCCGAAUACGUACUACCAUGCAGCAGGAAAGACCCAAAGAUCGAUGCGUGCUUUCUUAACACGCUCGCCCAUAUCCAUCCAUAUUUGGUGAAAGGUAUCCCGGAAUUGGAUGUGCCUCCUAUAGAGCCACUGGUGAUCCCCGAACUGAAGAUGGAAAAUGGUCAAGGUCCGGUGCGUGUUAGAGCGAUUUUCACUAACAUCACCACGAUAGGACCAGGGAACUACAGCGUCAACAAAGUACGAGUGAACAUAACGUCAUAUAGAUUCGAUAUGCAUCUUUCUUUGCCGAAGAUUGAUAUUCAUGGCAGCUACGACAUAAACGGAAACGUACUUCUCUUCCCCAUUCAAAGUCACGGAGAUUUUUGGGCAUUAUUCGGUGACGUAAAGGCAAUCGCUCGCAUACAAGGUGUCGAGGAAGUGAGAAAUGGUAUUCGUUACAUGAUGAUUUCUCGAUUACUAAUCGACUUUAGUCUCGGUCGGGCCAGAUUUCGCAUAAACGAUCACCUGAACGGCAACAACGUUAUCGGCCAGGCGAUGAAUCAAUUCCUGAAUCAGAAUAUUAAAGAAAUAAUUGAGGAAAUGAGACCAGCGGCCAGCUCAAGUAUCGCCAAGUACUUCAAGGACUUCCUGAACGGUGUUUUCACCAAAAUGCCCCUGAAAGUUUGGAUGCACGAUGCGUAAUAGUUUCCAAUUUCCGAGAGCGUACAAAAUUCACAUACGAUAUCCAUGACUGUUGCAUUACUUCAUCAAAAUAUGAGCGUACAUUUCAUAAUUGCGAAAAGAUAUCUAUA